UAAAGAAGAUGAAGAAGAUGCCACUUGAACUAGACGACAAUUUUUGUUAUGUCUCCACAAGGAAAUGUCUGUCAGAGGGAUUACUUUCUUUUUUCGAAUUUGUACAACUUUGAAGUUACAUCGUUAUUCCCGGAAGGUCAUAUUUUAAAUACACUAGCUUUAAUACCAUCGGAUAUAUGUGUGUAAUUGAGUUUAGUAGAAGUCAAUUUGGCAAAUGGGAAACGGAUUAUUCAGAGAAUCUUGCCUUUCGUGGAUUUGCUGCUCUAUGUAAUUAUUCGCUGCUGUACUGUUAGCUACCAGCAAGUGAUAACGCCUGAUAGUUAGCUACAUCGUUUAAGAAAUUUGGGACCGUUGUGAUAGUGACUUGAGGGAGGCUUUUACAACAAGACAACUUCUUUAUUGGACGGAAUACGACGGAAGUGCAAGGAUAUAACUAAGGUUAUGUUGAAGUUGUUUCUAGCGGAAAUGUUUGUUUUUUUACCAUCAGCUAGCAUCGAGUAAAUUAGCUAGUUAGUUGACAGGGGAUAUCCUCGGACAUUGGGUAUGGUGUUGUAACUUCGUAACGUUAACAAGGAAAUAACUUGCUAACGUUACCUACUUUAGAUUUGUUUAACCAUAUAAUUUAACAUAGCAAGUUAACGAUGCGGGAUUCAGUGAAUUUCAGUGUUCUCCAUAGAAUCUGCAAGUUGGUCGUCCUUCUAUGUUUUUUCCAUAUUUCGGUCACUUUCAUUUUUUACGUGAGGACAUUAGAUUUUCGUUUUGCAUUUGCGAAGCACGACCAAACUGCAUCAAAGGACACAGUACCGGACGCGUUUGAAACUAACCACUUUUCUGUAGACAACGUGACUACAAUCACCAAAGAGUUUGGAAAAUGUCCUGACACAUCGCCACUGCUUGUUGGCCCACUGCGAAUUGAGUUCUCCAACCCAGUCAGCCUGGACGUGGUAAGGAAGGAAAACCCCAAUCUUAAGAAUGGGGGGCGCUUCAAGCCCAAAGACUGCGUGGCCCUCCAGAAGGUGGCCAUCAUCAUCCCUUUCCGCAACCGCGACGAGCACCUCAAGUUCUGGCUCUACUACCUCCACCCCAUACUUCAGCGCCAGCAGUUGGACUAUGGCAUCUAUGUCAUCAACCAGGACGGCGAUGAAGUCUUUAACCGUGCCAAGCUCCUCAACGUUGGCUACUCGGAGGCCCUGAAGGAGUACGACUACGGCUGCUUUGUGUUCAGUGACGUGGACCUCAUCCCCAUGGAUGACCGCAACACCUACAGGUGCUUCAGCCAGCCCAGGCACCUGUCUGUUUCCAUGGACAAGUUUGGCUUCAGAUUGCCGUACAACCAGUACUUCGGAGGCGUGUCUUCAAUGAGCAAGGAGCAAUUCCUCAAGAUCAACGGCUUCCCCAACAACUACUGGGGCUGGGGAGGAGAGGACGAUGACAUUUUCAACAGGCUGAACUCCAAGGGGAUGACCAUCUCACGGCCCAGCGGAGCCGUGGGGAAAUGCAGGAUGAUCCGCCACAACCGGGAUGGUGGGAACGAAGACAACCCACAGAGGUUCGACCGCAUCGCCCACACCAAGGAGACCAUGAACAAAGAUGGCAUAAAAACCCUGUCGUACAAAGUGGUCAAAGUGGAGAAGGAUCAAUUAUACACCAAAAUCACUGUGGACGUGGGGAAAAAAAUGACUCCGCAAACCAAUUAAAACCUGAACAGCCUUGACAACCAAUUUGCCACUGUGGUGGAUGCUGUAACCAAAUGUGCCUUGACACUAUAAAUAAUAUUAUGCCUUGGACUCUUUUGACCAUAGAGAAUGACUGCUCUAAUCAGCAAACAAACAUGUUCCCCAAUAUUCCCUUUAUUUUCGGUCUUUGCACAUCCGAUGGUGAAUUGAACUGGGAUUCCAGCGUUUCCAUCAUAGGAUCCUUAAUGGAAUGAGAGUUGACAUCCGGGGUGGUUUCAGGCCCCCACUCUCUCUGUCUAGAGACAGCUGCUGAGACCAAGUCGUUUGUGAGCUAUUUUGUCUUGAGGGGGAGGUUGUGAAAUGUCUAAUUGAUUGUCCUAUGCAUCAGGGACUCACAAAUAAUGUGUUUUGUCACUUCUGGGGAAUUUCUUGCUAAGCCUUUUUAAUACCUCUGCUGAGCAGGGUUUCAACCAAUCGAAUGCCAAGAGGUCGGGCCAAAGAUGGAACUCUGCAAUUCGGAGGUCAAUAACAAACGAAAUCACUUUGGUUUUCUUAACAAAACCAAUCUUAAAGGAUUUUUGUACUGAUGUUCCAUCAAGAUUUUGAACGUACCCCAAAGGGCCUAGAAUUCCAAAAACAAAUAGUUGAAACAGCCAAAUCCCAUGAUAUUUACGUUAGGCAUUCUAAUUCUCACUGCUAAGGGUCCUUAAAGGAAAAUAUUUGGGUAUUUGUUUUUCGUUAGUCUAUUGUUGAUAUAGUCCUAAAAUGUUUUGCAUGUCAGCAAUCAAGUUUUCAAGAUGCAUAACUUUUGAAAUACAGCCAGUAUGAUGCAUUUUGCAUCAUAUCGUUUUUUAUGUGUUUUUUUGUUGGGUAUUUUGAACUAUGUGAAAAGUGUCUCUGCUGAAGCUCCCUUCCCUGUGAAGACCACCAUUCAAGGUAGCCUGUAAGGAGGCCUCUCCUUAGUUGGAAAAGAGGCACCUGAAUGUAUUGCCUGGUGGUGUCGUGAUUGUGUACCCUGAGGUAAAAUGAUACUGCGCUGUUGUCUAUCAUGAGUGUCUGGUGUUGUGAUUUUUUUUUUUUAAGUCGAGAUG